AGUUUGUGCGUAAAGACGCGUCUCCUCUCCAGAAGCUUGUUUUUCGUUUUGGCGAUCAGUUGCGCGCUUCAACAUGGGGCUGUACACCCUUAUGGUCACCUUUCUCUGCACCAUCGUGCUACCCGUUUUACUCUUUCUCGCCGCGGUGAAGUUGUGGGAGAUGUUAAUGAUCCGACGAGUCGAUCCGAACUGCAGAAGUCCUCUACCGCCAGGUACCAUGGGCUUGCCGUUCAUUGGAGAAACGCUCCAGCUGAUCCUCCAGAGAAGGAAGUUUCUGCGCAUGAAACGGCAGAAAUACGGGUGCAUCUACAAGACGCACCUCUUCGGGAACCCGACUGUCAGGGUGAUGGGAGCUGAUAAUGUGAGGCAGAUUCUGCUGGGCGAACACAAGCUGGUGUCUGUUCAGUGGCCAGCAUCAGUGAGAACCAUCCUGGGCUCUGACACCCUCUCCAAUGUCCAUGGAGUUCAACACAAAAACAAGAAAAAGGCCAUUAUGAGGGCGUUCUCUCGAGAUGCUCUGGAGCACUACAUUCCCGUGAUCCAGCAGGAGGUGAAGAGCGCCAUACAGGAAUGGCUGCAAAAAGACUCCUGCGUGCUGGUUUAUCCAGAAAUGAAGAAACUCAUGUUUCGGAUAGCUAUGAGAAUCCUGCUUGGUUUUGAACCAGAGCAAAUAAAGACGGACGAGCAAGAACUGGUGGAAGCUUUUGAGGAAAUGAUCAAAAACUUGUUCUCCUUGCCAAUCGACGUUCCUUUCAGUGGUCUGUACAGGGGUUUGAGGGCACGCAAUUUCAUUCACUCUAAAAUUGAGGAAAACAUCAGGAAGAAAAUUCAAGAUGACGACAAUGAAAACGAGCAGAAAUACAAAGACGCUCUUCAGCUGUUGAUCGAGAACAGCAGAAGAAGUGACGAACCUUUUAGUUUGCAGGCGAUGAAAGAAGCAGCUACAGAGCUUCUAUUUGGAGGUCAUGAAACCACCGCCAGUACUGCAACCUCACUAGUCAUGUUUCUGGGUCUGAACACAGAAGUGGUGCAGAAGGUCAGAGAGGAGGUUCAGGAGAAGGUUGAAAUGGGCAUGUAUACACCGGGAAAAGGCUUGAGCAUGGAGCUGUUGGACCAGCUGAAGUACACUGGAUGUGUGAUUAAAGAAACUCUCAGAAUCAACCCUCCUGUUCCUGGAGGAUUCAGAGUCGCACUCAAAACCUUUGAAUUGAAUGGUUACCAAAUUCCUAAAGGAUGGAACGUCAUUUACAGCAUCUGUGACACGCACGAUGUGGCCGACGUCUUUCCAAACAAAGACGAGUUCCAGCCGGAGAGAUUCAUGAGCAAAGGUCUGGAGGACGGGUCCAGGUUUAACUACAUCCCCUUCGGAGGAGGAUCCAGGAUGUGUGUGGGCAAAGAGUUCGCCAAAGUGUUACUCAAGAUCUUUUUAGUUGAGUUAACGCAGCAUUGCAAUUGGAUUCUCUCAAACGGACCCCCGACAAUGAAAACAGGCCCGACUGUUUACCCAGUGGACAAUCUCCCUACCAAAUUCACUAGUUAUGUCAGAAAUUAGCCUAACCGGAGCUUUGUACAUAUGUUUUUAUUUUAGAUGAACUGUGAUGUAUUGGAUAUUUUCUAUUUUGUUUAUAUAAAGCAGAUGUGUAUAUAAGUCUAUGCGAGGAAGCGAAAACGAGGGCACUACUUUCUCAUGGAUCACUGUAAUGCUACAGAGUGUCUGUGAUGUAUAUUUAUAAUGUAGUUGUGUUAUAUAGCUUUUGUACUGUAUGCAACUUAUUUAACUCGCUCUUUAUCUCAUGGGUUUUAUUUAAUAAAACAUGUUCUUACAAAUUUCA